ACUGAACUUUGAACAAAUAUUCUGAUUCUAUAUUCUGAGAUAAUAUUUUGUUGAUUUCGCUGUGAAAAAUUGUUCAUUGUUUUCCAAGAGGAAAAAAUAACUCCAAAUCAACUACAAUAAUGUCGUUAUUUCAUUCAUAUAAAUUGAAACGACGAAAAGUCGAAGAAGAAUUAAAGGCUGCGGCAGCAGCUGCAGCCGCAGCUGCCGCUGCUGCAGCUACAUUAACUUCCGGUGAUCAAAUGAAAUCUAUUUCAUCCGAUGAUCAGACGUCGAUGGCGACAACAACAACAGUGAACAACAACAAUGAUUUAGUUGAUGAUACUGUUGAAAAUAAAAUUGUCGAUUCGAUAAAAACAACAACGGCGGCGACAACUACAUCAUCAUCGAUAACCACAACAAUGACCACCGCAACAACAACAGUCACAAUGAAUGGUACAAUAAAUGGAACAACAAUGAUGACUUCAACGACGACAAAAAUGUUAUCAUUAACUGAAAAUCCGGAAUCAAUAGAAUCAUCGACAUUAUCGUCUGCCUCUUCACCACCACCACCUUCUUCAUCCUCGAUGACCAAUAAUUCAUCAUCAUCACCAUUAUCAUCAGGGUCUUUAGCCGAUGAUGAUCCAUUAAUAAUAGUUGAUCGUCAUCAUAAUCAUUCACCAUCAUCAUCACCACCACAAUUAUCGACAACAUCAAUUAUACAAUGUGAUCAUCAUUCAACGGCGAUGCUAUCAUCAUUGAUGAAUAAAGCAACUGUCACAACAAAAUCAAGUGAUUCAAUUGAUUCAGCGACCGGUUCAUUGUCAUCUGGAUCAACAUCAUCGUCGUUAUCAUCAUCAUCAUCAUCAUCGUCUUCGUCAUCAUCUGGUAAUGGUAGUGAACAUGAACAAUGUUUAGAUUUAUCCAAACCAAGAUCUUUACCACAAUCAACGACUUCAUCGGUGACGCCAAACAUGACAACAACUGCUACAACGACAACAACAAUUAAUCGACCAUUAUUAAUGGUUGCAACCACUGUAGCAAAUGAUUCUAAUACGACAACGACAACAUCAACAUCAUCGAAUAUUGGCCACACACAUGGUUCUUUAUUACAUCAUACGUUGAAUGGUUUUAUUAGUUCAUCAUCCUCAUCAUCAGCUUCUUCACCGCCAUCAAAUGUGGGUGGGGCAGCAUCACCAAUGGAACAUCAGUCACAUUCAACUUCGUCAUCAUCCGCAUCGUCACCAUCAUCUGGUAAUGGAAGCGGUAGCCUAGAAUCAUUAGGUAUUAAUGGUGGUUUGGCAGCCGUUUGUAUAGGCGAAUCAUCGCCAUCGGCUUGUUCAUUAUCGAGUGGAUCAUCACCACCACAAUCCUCAUCAACAUCGUCGCUGUCCACUUCAGCAUCAUCGUCGUCCAUAGUCAAAUCUUCAAAUUCUUCAAUGAUGAUGGUCGGUGGUCAAUCGUCACAGAUUUCAAAAUCUGGAAAUAAUAAUAAUAACAAUAAUACAAAUGUUAGUACGGCAUCGAUUGGUUCUUUGAUAUUAUCAUCAGCUUUGUUAAAUGGUGGAAUGUCUGCAGCGGCAGCAGCAGCAGCUGCCGCAAUUGCUGCACAAGCUGCCGCUGCUCAACAACAACAACAACAAGAAUCACAAAAAUCAGCGGCGGCAACCAUCCCUGGUACUGCAUCAUUACCAUCAGCGGCAAAUGGUACAUCAUCAUCGUUAACAUUUUCCGGUUCAAAUUCGGCAACUACAACGACAACUACUGCCACCGCCGUUGUUGCUGCAGCUCAACAAUUAGGUCCACAUCAUGGAUUUCCUUUAUCACAUUAUCAACAACAGCAACAAUUACGAUUAGAUCCAGUUGCUGCAGCUGCUGCAGCUGCUCAACAGCAACAGAAUCAACCACAACCUGGUGAUAAUCAACAAAUGAUCUGUAUGAUAUGUGAAGAUCGAGCAACCGGAUUACAUUAUGGAAUCAUUACCUGUGAAGGUUGUAAAGGAUUCUUUAAACGUACUGUACAAAAUAAACGAGUUUAUACUUGUGUUGCCGAUGGCCAAUGUUUAAUUACUAAACAACAACGUAAUCGAUGUCAAUAUUGCCGAUUUCAGAAAUGUCUGAGGCAAGGUAUGGUUUUAGCUGCCGUACGAGAAGAUCGUAUGCCUGGUGGUCGUAAUUCAGGUGCCGUUUAUAAUCUGUACAAAGUUAAAUAUCGAAAACAUAAGAAACCGGGUUCAAAUAAUUCGUCUAGUUCGUCACCGGUCGGAACAAAUACUGCCACAUCAUUAGCCAUAUCAUCAUCACAGCCAAAUAGUCCAAUGAUGGUCUCAGCAAAUGGUACAACAACGACCAUAACGCCCACAACACCGCCAAUCAAUAUGAUGAUGAAUGGAAAUGGUUCACCAUUAAUAUCCAAUAAUCACACUGCCAAUCAUACAAAUCCGUUUGCAACAUUAAAUGGACAUCAUGGUAGCCAUAUUAAUCAUCAUCAACCUCAACAUCAUCAUCAAAGUUCCUUGAUGAAUGGUCAUCAUAAUCAUAAUCAUAAUAGUGGGGGUUUAACGCCAAUUCCUCGAUUAAAUGGUACAACAAAUUCAUCAUCAUCAUCAUCAUCACCACCACCAUCUGGUAUAUUGAAAACUGUUUUAACAAUGCCACAUCGUCUUCAUAAUCAUCAACAUUCGACAUCGCCAACGACAGCAACUACAUCAUCAUCAACAACAUCAUUAUCAUAUGUAAAUGGUAAAAAUAGUAAUAGUGAUGUGUCUCUUUAUCGUCAUCUUAAUGGAUCAUCAUCAACAUCAUCAUCAUCCACAACGACGACAACAACAUCAUCGACCAUCGGAUCGAAUUCAGCAUUUAAUUUAAUCAAUAACAACAAUAAUAAUUCAUCAUCAACCAAUCAUUCACAUCUAGCACAAGCUGCGGCUGCUGCAGCUGCAGCCAGUAUAUUUCCUGUGUUGAUCGUAAACGGAUUCCUAAAUAAUGGUGGUAAUCAAGUUUUAACAUCGAUUGCACGACAAAUGCAUCUAAUAUUAGCUAAUGCAUCUUCAGCCAAUGAUGGUAAUAAUGGUGAAUGUUUAAUGUCACGUGAUGAAAGUGAUCAAUAUUUAUCCGCUUUGAUUGAUUGUGAUGAUUUUGCCGAAUUCGGAUCUUUAUCCGCAUUGGAAUUAACGGAAACAUCGACAGCGUCGAAUAGCAAUGAAUUAAGUGAUCGAUUAUGUUCAAUCGGUGAUUCAAUCGUAUAUCGAUUAGUACAAUGGACCAAACGUUUACCAUUCUAUGAACAAUUACCCGUUCAUACACAUACACAGCUAUUGACACAUAAAUGGCAUGAAUUACUAGUCCUAUCAACAUGUGCAUUUUCAGCUAUAAAUAGUAAUACAACAUGUAUUGAAUCAUUGGAUAUGGAAAUACGACAAUGUAUGACAAAUUUAGCUGGUAAUCUAUCACGAUUAAAUGCAACAUCAUCCGGUACUAUUAUAUCAUGUGCACAAUUAGAAAUGGAAGCCGGCGGUUUAGUAUCCGAAUUAUGUGCCGUACGAUUUGCAUUCAAAUCAUUAGGAUUAACAUUGAAUGAAUUUGUUGCAUUAAAAGUUAUUGCAAUGACCAGUAUUGUUGCUAAUAAUAAUAAUGAAAAUAUUAAUAAUUCUGGAUCUCGAAGUGAUAAUCAACAACAACAGCCAGAUAUUGCUGAUCCAAAUUCUGUAUUAAAGAUACGUGAUCGUUAUCUUAAAGCAUUGGUUUCACAUUUGAUACAUAAAAAACCACCACUUGGUUCUGGGCAAUGUUCAACAGUUGCACAAUUAGCAUUAAAUGGCAUGGCUGGUGGUGGUAAUGUUGGUGGAAAUGGUAAUGGAAAUGGUUCAUCAGCUGCAUUUAUAUCAUCAUUAAAUUCAGCAGCACAGACACAUAAUCUAACCAGUGCAUUAGGACCAAAUGCAGGUCAUGUAUUGGCACGAAUGAAUUCUUUAUUGAAUCUAUUGGCACAAGUUAGUUCGGCUGCAAAUCUACUAUUACAAUCGAAAAUGUUUUAUGUACCGUUCCUUAUGAAUUGCAGUAGUAACAAUAAUAAUAAUAAUUUAAAUAAUAAUAAUUCAUCGACAACAACAACAACUGGAACUAUGAAUAAUCAGAAUAAUAAUUCAAUGAUAAAUGGCCAUCAUCAUCAUAAUCAUCAUAAUAAUAAUAAUCAUCACCAUAAUCAUAAUAUUCCAUAUAUUGCUAUGCGACAACAACAACAACAUUAUGAUGCUCAUCAUCAUCAUUCAUCAUUAAAUCAUAGAUCACAAAUUAUAACUAAUAAUAAUUCUAUGAAUCGAUUUUCACCACCAACAUCUUCAUCUACAUCGAAUCAAUCAAAUAAUAAUAAUACUUCAACAACAACAUCAUCAUCAUCAUCAUCGUUAACAAAUGGUACAACGAUAACUCCAUCCACGCAACCACCACCAACAACAACACCUACACCUAUUCUUGCAUCGGGAUCAGGUGUUGGUUCCAAUUGAAAACAACAAAUCUCAUGAAAAUAAUUGCGAUAAAUUAAUUGAUUAAAUGAUAACAAUACAAACGAGCAGCUACAAAACACUAAAGCAAAGUGGAAUUUUUCUGAGAC